AUAAAUGAACACAAAACUGUUGCUUCACCAGUGUUUAAAAGAAAGAAACAAGGGAAAAUGAUGCAAAAAGAUCAGCCUAAGAAUAUAAAGGAUGGUAAGAGAAAGAAAACCCUGACAAAGGAAAAAGUAAAAACAAAAGCAGGUACAGUGUCACAAGAUCCACCUAUAACCACUAACCCUCAAGACUCUCUACUUUUACUCAAAGGUCAUAAACAGCCCCAGUUGAAAGUUUACAAGUUAGACCCUUCAAAAGCAUCAAGUCAGACACCAGAGGCUUCUUCACCUCACGAGUCCCAAACAAUGCCCCAACAGAAUAAAGACAACACAUUCCCAACAAGUGAUUCUACAAAUGAUCAAAAUGCAGAGUGUACAAAGAAAGGAGGAAGACCAAAAAAGAACCAGAAAGCUCUUUCGUUGUUGUCUUCACUACAGGUUUCCUGUCAACCACUGGAGAUGCAACCCACCAAGCCGAAGACCACUAGGAAACGCAAAGCCUCUUCAAAAAUAGAGACUGAAGGAGUGAUAACUUCCAAACGUGCUUUAGAGUGUAAGGACUGUGGGGAGAGAUUUAGUGAACUCUCAUCCCUUCAGGAGCACAAGGCAACAGUUCAUAUCAUUGAGAGUCCUGGUCUCACUUAUACCAAUGGAAACAUCUUUGAAGGGGUCUCCAGCCUGGAUUUUUAUCAGCUUCCAAAACAGCCUAAUAAGCUUGAUGGGGUGAAUGCUGCUGCAGACUGGGAUACUGAGCCUGAGUUGGUUGAUGUGGCUUUAGAGGAACGAGAGCGAAUCGUCUCUUUUCCAGCUUUGAUUCCAUCCCCGUCUUUACCCGUCCCUCUUCCAGAUGUUGAAGUAAGUUCUUAUGAAAAUAAGUCUGGUAGUAAGACAGCAGUAGAUGAUCAGUCUUUAGAAGUCAACUCACCAUCUAAUCAAUUAACAAACAGUGAGAUGUCUCCAAAUUUAACAUCUGAAUCCUCUUUAAGUAACUCAGCUAAGCAAAACAUGUUGGAGACAGCAGAGCCUUUGGCAUCAGUUGAAGCCAAGCAAGAUAAAGUUACCCAGAAGCAUCCCAGCUCAGAAUCUGAAGUUCAGUCAAACACGGAUGAAGACAUUAAAGAUAAUUUACUUCUUGAGGUAGAUUUAGUAACUGUUGGGGAGCAGAAUGAAAGAGAUGAUCCAAUUUCACCUCAAGAAAGUUUUACUCAAAACAGUUUAAAGGGAACUUGUUUUUCUGAGGGUGGAAGCGCUGAAACAAUUUCAGCACCUGGGCAAGCUGUUGAAAAAACUAUGGAAAAAACGUUAACCUCUGUGUCAUGCUCCACUCAUCAAGUAAAGAUAAAGGAAGAAGAGGAAGAAAUGUUACUCCAGAAGACUAAAGGUUGGAAAGGAACUGUAACAAAGAAGGCUCCAUGGGGGAGGACAGGAGAAAAGGGACAUCUAAAAAGAGGAGUGACAUCUAAGGUAGUUUUACGUGGGGAUAGUGUUAGAGGAACAGAAUUGGAGAAAGAACAAGAUGAAUGUCAGGUAGUUUAUGAAAAACAUCCCAUGAACUCUGAUACUGAAAUUCAUGAAGAAGUUGAGACUGGCAUUAAGCUGCCACAGCCAGAACCCAGUCCUAACCUGGAGGCCAAGAAAGCCCCUGCUCCUGAUCCUGUUGCAUGUUUGCCUUUGGCGCCCUCUGCAGUAGACGAAUCUCCUGAAGAACGGGUUGUGGUUGAGCUGGAGUCUGUUACUACUAGUGUUGAGGAAGUAAUGCAUGAAGGAGGGCUACGGGGAGAAGAGGAGCAUGAUGGAGAGAUUGACCAGUCUCCAUGCAUUAUACUGGAGAAGUUCCUCACCUCUAGGCAGAGAGUGAGUGCUGACAAAGAGCUGUCCCCAAUGACUGCAAGUGACAAUCCAAGACGAGGAUUGGAUAGCAUUGUCGAGGUUGAAGUACAAGUCCAUGGGAGCCAGGAGAUCAAGGUGGAAGAGAGUAUGACGGAUCCAAUGCUGUUUGUACCUACCUGUCAAAAUAGAAAGAGCACAAGUGUCCAGCAACAACACCAACAUGAUAUAAGGAGUGUUCUGGUGAAAGAGGAGAGAAGCCUAAUGCUAAGUGAGGCUCAUGCCUCACAGGGCAGCAGUCGCAUCAGAUGGAAUGUGGAGCCAGUGAAUAAUGAAAACACUGCCACUCCAUUAAUGCAGAGUGAGGAGACAAGUGAGUGUUGCAUCACACCAGAGUUCAACACCAACCAGUGUAUCUUCUACCCAGUGAAGGAGGAAGAGAGGGAGGUUCUAUUGGAAGCCACUGAGACCAGCAGAGGUAGUUUAACCCCAGAGAUAUCCAGUGCUAACCAACAGACUGAGCCUCAAAGUGCAGAUAGUUCUUUAUGUAAGUAUUGGUUAUCUAGUUCAGUGUUGCCCAACCCUGGGCCUCAGGGAACACUGCCCUGCGUGUUGCAUGGGUUGGGAAACGCUGAAUUCUACUUCAUCAUCAAAGAUAAUUGGAGAAAAAUAAUGUUGAUGUUAAAAACAGAUGAAGGGAGCCAUUCCUCACAGGACCACCAGGACAUAAGAGGUUUCUCCAGUGACUUUGCUGAUGGACAAGUUGAUGCAGAUGCUGAGUGGCCUAAUCCACCAGACCUCCGGGACUUUCUCCUGCAAAGUUCUGAUGAAGAGGAAAUGGGUGCUUUUGAACCAUCUGACCCUCAGCUUGACUCAGAAGACGCAGUAUUGGCUUAUUUCUACAAGAACAAGAUCAACGAUGCACGACAACCAGCUCAAGCAUUAGAAAAUGUUUUAAUUUCAACAAGCCAGCUCCAAGACCCAAGAGAUCAAAACAGGACCAGGCAGCCCAUUGAUUACUUCUCCACUUAUUUUGGUUGGGAUACCUGGGUGGACAUUGCCAACUGCACAAAUAAACUAUCAAGAAAGCCAAACUCCAUCUCAGCAAGAGAGGUUGCACAAUUUGUUGGGAUCCAUAUUGCAAUGGGAACUUUAAAGUUUCCCAGUCCAAGACUCUACUGGGAGGACUUGACUAAAGUACCCUUAAUUGCUGAUGCCAUGCCACUUCCACGUUUCCUCGAGCUGUCUUAUAUGUUGAAACUAGCUUCUCCAAAAGAAGAUCCAGUCGACAGUCAAUGUGUAGUUUCUCAGCAUGCUGACAGGCAAAGACAAUGUGACAAGCCAAAUGAUUUGAACUACUCCAAAGCACAGACUGAUCCCCUGUGGAAGGUUCAGCCCAUUCUGUGUCGUUUCAAUGCAGGGUGCCAGGCACUGAGAAGAGAAGGUGACUAUGCAGUGGAUCAGUAUCUACUUCCCUUGACUGGAAAGCUGCACAGUAACAAAUUUUCUCUCCACUGCACUACAUUACUUGGAUUUGGUGGUUUACUCUUACAUGUGGAUCUUAAACUGAAUCUAUCGGAUAAAGAAGAUGCUGUCGAAAAAAUGGCCCCAAAAGGUAGCAUGUUGUUUCUUUGCAAACAGGAACUCUCCACUCCUGCAAUGCUAGAACGUCUGCUUGUUGCUGGGGUUCAUGGUGCAGGCAGGGUGGGGGGAGCACAAGGACAGAUCGGGGACGAGUUUGUAAGCUCAGAUGGGAAGCUGAUGUUACGCAGAUCACACUGUGGCUUCAUACUUUCUACUGCGGGGAACGGUCAGAGGAACAUGGCUUCUCUCAUUGACAACUUUGAGAAGGCCCAGAUGUUGGCUCGAUUCAACAGAGAGUUGCGAAAUCUUUACCCAAUUCCACUCACUGCCUCUGCCCCAACCUGUUGGCCUCAAGCAGUGCUGUGGUAUAUAACAGAUCUAGCUCUGGUUAACUCCUGGCUCCAGUACCGACAGGAUCAUAGGUUAUCUUCUGCACCUUUGACUCUCAUGGCCUUCAGAUUAGAGGUGUCCAAAGCUUUGAUCCUCUCAAGCAGCUGUGAUACCCAGGACUCUGUUCCUCCUCAACCACCCACAGAGAAGUCCCAAACAACAAAUGAGACCCCCAAUCCCAGCCUGGUGGAAGAAAGUCCUCUGCCAGAUGCAGCCACGCGGUAUGAUGGUUCAGGCCACUGGCCAGAGCAGCUUGGGGAGGGAGAGGGAGGCAGGUGUAGUUUUGGAGACUGUCAAAGAACAUCUCGAGUGCUAUGCCUUAAGUGCUGUGUCUUUCUUUGUAUUUCACGUAACCACAACUGUUUUUUGGAUUUCCAUAAUCAAGGGAGUAAUGGAAAAGAGUAGUCCCACCCUUUAUUUUUAACACCAUACUUUUGGUCUCAGAUGUAAUGUAUUCUUUUUUGUUUUUAAAAUUUUUAUUUUAUUUUAAAUUAUUCCUAAUGAUUUCACAGGCAGUGUCAGUAUUUCAAAGGAUUAUUGUGCUGAAUUAAAAAUGAAUUAUUUGUGAUGUGGCUUAAUAUGUCAUCAACAAGUGUAAAAAUGUAUUUGCCUUCAGAAGGAAAUGUAAAAAGGAUCUUACAAGUUUUUAUGUUUUUGUUUUUUCCGAUUCUUUUAAACCUGAUUCAAAUCACGUUCCAUGAGGGCUCAUUUUCGGCUCUACGAAGAAAAAGCAUUAAAAGGUUGCGUUAA